CCAUCUACUCUGAUGGCCUGAUGUAAGUGGUGAUGAGCAGGGUACAGGGAGGCAAAGAAAGGCUGAGCUGAUUAGUGGGCAAAGCCUUUACAGCUCGAUGAUGCGUUAUCAUUCUCUCAAAACGGGCAGCGGGUAUCACUGGUCACACACGCCUGUGACAGAGAGGUCGAACUUGCUGGAAGUCACCACACACGAUCCCAUUUCAGUCCCAUUUGGGUCGAAGAAGAGGCCACACGCGCCAAUCGAAAAGCGUUUUACGUACCAAAAACGAAUAGUUUGUGAACAGUUUGCGUGCUGUGCAGAAAGCAGUUAACAAAUAUCAUCCAAGUAGCUCGAGCAAAGCGCGGAUAAACGCAAAUCAACGUGCGUAGGCAGGAAGACGAGUGCGUUUUUGUUUAUAAAAGUGCAUCAUCGAGUGCAGAAUGACCGGAGCCAUCGAUUUGCUGCUUAGCGUGCGUGGACACCAGCGUGUACCAUCGGACACGAAGGAGUUCCACGAAGCGACGAAACGCGAUGCCCUGAUGCGCCUCAAGAAGGACCUCGACCAUCUGCUGGAAACGGUGGACGAAUCGCGGAAAACGGGCGUACAAAAGGAAAUGUGCGGAUUCGAGGCACUAUAUCAUCGUUUCCUGCAAGAGGAUGGUCCUUCGGUCGAGUGGGAUCGUAUCGAGAAGUUGCCGGAGGGCGCUGUAAAGGACUAUUCGACGCUUAAACUUCCACAGGAAGCGCACAUCCGGGACAUGCUGGACAAGCUGGUCGUGGUGAAGCUGAACGGUGGUCUUGGCACGUCGAUGGGUUGUCACGGGCCGAAAAGUGUGAUACCGGUGCGCAAUGAUCUAACUUUCCUUGACCUCACGGUGCAGCAGAUCGAGCAUUUGAACAAAAAGUACAACGCCAACGUACCGCUGGUACUGAUGAACUCGUUCAACACGGAUGUGGACACGGAGAAGGUGAUCCGAAAGUACAAAGGCUUUCAGGUGCAGAUCUACACAUUUAACCAAAGCUGCUACCCACGAAUUAGUCGAGACUCGCUGUUGCCCAUUGCGAAGGAUUUCGACAUCGAGAAUGAUAUCGACGCAUGGUACCCGCCAGGUCACGGCGAUUUCUAUCAAUCGUUCCAAAAUUCGGGACUGUUGAGGAAGUUCAUCGAGGAGGGCCGUGAGUACUGUUUCCUGUCCAACAUCGACAAUCUGGGUGCUACGGUGGACAUAAAGAUAUUGAACCGUCUAAUUGGUGACGACCGGCAGGGUGAUAAACCGAUCGAGUUUGUGAUGGAAGUGACGGAUAAGACUCGUGCCGACGUGAAAGGUGGUACGCUGAUUAAUUAUGAGCACAAACUGCGUCUGCUGGAAAUUGCACAGGUGCCGAAAGAGCACGUCGAUGACUUCAAGUCGGUGAAGACGUUCAAGUUCUUCAACACCAACAACAUUUGGGCCCGAUUGGAGUCGAUCGAGCGGGUGCUGAAUGCGAAGACGAUGAACAUGGAGAUUAUCGUGAACAACAAAACGCUGGAUAACGGCAUGCGCGUGAUCCAGCUCGAGACGGCCGUCGGUGCUGCCAUGAAAUGUUUCGACGGUGGCAUCGGUAUCAAUGUGCCACGGUCGCGCUUCCUGCCGGUGAAGAAAACCUCCGACCUGCUGCUUGUAAUGUCCAACCUGUACAGCUUGAAGUAUGGAUCGCUGGUAAUGUCCCCGCAGCGCAUGUUCCCUACCACGCCGCUGGUGAAGUUGGGCGACAAUCAUUUCAGCAAGGUGAAGGAGUUCCUCAGUCGCUUUGCUAAUAUUCCCGAUUUGAUCGAGCUGGAUCAUUUGACCGUUUCCGGUGAUGUUACAUUUGGCCGAGGGGUUUCGUUGCGAGGCACGGUCAUCAUUAUUGCUAAUCAUGGCGAUCGUAUCGAUAUUCCUGCCGGUGCUAUCCUGGAGAACAAGAUCGUUUCCGGCAAUAUGCGCAUUCUGGAUCAUUAGUGGGAUCCACUCAAAGGGGAAUGAGGCUCGGCCAAAUCGAACCGAAUGCGGAUCAGUAGCGGGGCCAGUAGGAUGAUACUCAGGAGCAAUAAGCGCAAAGUGUGCAAGGCAUACGAAACAUGUAAUUUUAAACGAUGGAAAUGCGGUAGAUUCUAGAAUGCAAUACACAAACAAUACGGAACAAAAAAGUGUGUCAAAAGACGGAUAGGAAGCUCUCAGAUUUGGUUGUUUCAUUAAAAAAAAUGCAGCACAAUACGGCUAGUGGUGGAUGGAUGGAAUGAGUGGAUAAGCAAUGAGCCUGUGGUUGAGUUUUCUUUACAUAAAAAAACGUUACAACAGUGACUGGUACUUGUCUUUUAGUGAAUGUAUGAAUGUGAAUAAAUUUAUCACAAUGCGCAAAAUAAUGCGUUGCCAUUUUUAUAA